CGUCACCAGGACGUGACGUCACUAAACCGCGACACCGUUGUUCUGCAGAGCAGAUGGCUUAUAAUCUUCCUUAAAAGGUUUUUUCCGCCUUAAAAUUAGUAGUCGCGUGUUUAGGACUUCAUCUUUUAGGAUGUAAGAAUGACUUAAUUUUGGGUUAUUUAUUCUUAAUUCAGAUCUUUUAUCUUUCCUGUGUGGUAUUUUUAUUGUGCUCCAAAUAUACAAUAAUCUGUAAUUACCAGAUAUUAUUUGAUCAUGCCAUUCCAACUUGAGGCAAUGUCCAGCAGGAAGCGCAGACCCAACUGGACCGACCAGGAGUGUUACCUCCUGGCUCAGCUGGUGCAUGAAAGGAAAGAAGUCAUCAGAGGGAAGUGCAUCAGUGGUUUGUAUGACAAACGCCAGGCUUGGGAGGAGAUAACCCACACAAUCAACACGGCUUUCCCUCUAAUGCAAAGAACCGUGUCCGACUGCAGCAAAAAGUGGGAGAAUCUGCUGGCCAAAUCCCGGGAGGAGAUCAAGAGACAGAAGAUGCAAGCAGGUGCAGAUGAUGACGUGUCUCUGGAUCAGUUGAGCGCCCUGACCCAAAUAGCCAUCUCCGUCAUGAACCCUGCGGCGCUCCAACAAGACGAAGACGACUCCACGCCGUUUGAUAUCAUUGAAAGUCAACACAACAGUGGCGAUAAAGAUGGAACGUUCCCCACAGGAGAACAUCUUGAAAGUAAACACGAGCAGGCCGAUCCUGUCCUCCCAGGCUACGCUUCAGAUCCGCCGGGACACAAAACAACAUCUUAUUCCACCGUCCCCAAGUCACUCGGCGUACAGUUCAGCGCUCAUUACCCUGCGGCGUCCGGAGAACAGUCCCGCUCCCCCUGCUCGCCGUCUGCACCCGCGCCGCACGGCAGCACCUUGCAGGACAGAAUGGACCUGGAGAUGUCUGUGCUGAGAAGACAGGAGGCGGUCCUCAAGCUGCAGGAGGAAUAUUACACGCUCAAAAUCAAGCGCAUGAAGGCGCAAAUGGCGGACUCUAAUCUGCAAGACUGAAACGUCGCCACCUGCGGUGUCAUGGAUGUGUAAUUAUUGAAUGAUUGUUGGUUAUUUGCAUGGUAUAGAAUGUGUUGACUGGUAAUAGUCCAGUAAAUGAAACUUCAAUUACAUUAAUAAUGAAAGCUGCAAGCAA